UCGUACAAAGAGUCAAAAAUAAAUCCCAUCGAGCUUGAAAAUAUCUUAAGUCACUUUCUAAUUCUAAGCUUCUUCUCUUUCCAAAAAUGGCGUCAUCGUCGUCUUUAGCUCUCAAGAGACUUCUCUCUUCUUCCACCGUCGUCGUCCCUCGCGCCUUAAGAGCCGUUCGUCCGGUGGCUGCUUCUUCUCGCCUCUUCAAUACUAACGCCGUCAGAAACUAUGAAGACGGUGUCGAUAGGAACCAUAACUCAAACCGACAUGUUACUCGCCGCGGCGGCGGUUUCUUCUCAGAUAUCUUCGAUCCGUUUACUCCGACGAGAAGCUUGAGCCAGAUGCUGAAUUUUAUGGACCAGGUCAGCGAAAUCCCUUUGGUAUCAGCUACGCGUGGAAUUGGAGCUUCUGGAGUUAGACGUGGUUGGGACGUGAAAGAGAAAGACGACGCGUUGCAUCUAAGGAUAGAUAUGCCGGGACUAAGCAGAGAGGAUGUGAAAUUGGCUUUGGAACAGAACACAUUGGUGAUUAAAGGAGAAGGGAAAACAGAUGAGGGGGAGGAGGGAGAUGGUUCUGGAGAUGGCCGGAGGUUUACUAGUAGGAUUGGGUUACCGGAGAAAGUAUACAAGAUUGAUGAGAUUAAGGCGGAGAUGAAGAAUGGUGUGUUGAAAGUGGUGAUUCCUAAGGUUAAAGAGGAGGAGCGUAACAAUGUUCGUCACAUAAAUGUUGAUUAGAGUUUUUCUAUGUGUGUGCGCACGUUAUGGUGUUGUUUGAUGAAUCAAGGAAAAUGACAUUU